GGGAGCCUGCAAAUCAUGGUGCGUCCGCCUUUGUGAUGAAGUCUCUUACGAACCGGAUAANACGGUCGCAUUACGCGUUGUUGAAUACGGAAAAUUUUUGAGUUAUUUAUGAAUAUGGUGUAUUUCAUUUGAAUUAAAAAUACAUAUGCAUUAGUCGAGUGGACAUUUGCUGUUGUCCCCCAUAGAAUGAGAGAUGCGAGAUGGCAGACAUGGAACACCAUACAUUGUGCGGAUGAAGUCUAGCUCCCAUUCGUCGCGUCGUAAAGAUUGCAAAUCCACCAUGCGUCUUUCUUGUGAUGUGGAUGUCAAGAAUCGUCUGUUGCCCUCACAUGGUAUGAAAGCCAAGGGCCGACCAAUGAGGUGCUCUUUGGCGAUUGGUCGGCGCGGUGGCAGCAGUAGCAAGCCAGAGGGUGCUGUUUUCCUGAUGCUGUGUUCUGCCAAGGACAAAACCGGAACAAAGUACAAGUUGAAGGACAAUGUAGAACAAGUUUUCACCAGAUUUGUUGAGGAAGGUAAAGUGACGCUACGUUUGAAGGAACCAGCCCAAGAUAUGUGCAUCAGCAAGGCGGAUCCACUACAGUUGAAGAAUUUCCUGUCUGUACUGAAACUUAGCUACAAAGGUCAAAGCAGUGGUCUCAGUAAGGUUCACCUUUCAACCCUGACCCCUGCAACAACCGCGCAGGUGGAGCGACCUAAGACAAAAAUGGUUAUCCUGAAAAGAUCGGACUAUCCCAUCUCACAGAGAUUUCCUAAGGGUUUGGAGUCACUGCAGGUCAAUGGAUGCGGGCUGUCCCGAGUAGACUGUCGAAUCCUGGAAAUGAAGAGCCUGCGUGCUCUAGAUCUCAGCAGUAAUCGUAUCCGGGCUUUGCCCAACAAUCCUGGCCAGCUCUCUGUUCUUGCUGAACUGAAGGUGGCCAAUAACCUCCUGGAGAGACUUCCCCCGCCCCUCUGCCUGAGCAGUCUGAGGACCUCGCUCCAUUCCCUGGACUUGUCAGAGAACUCCCUGAAGUUCUUGCCCCCACAGAUCUGUGAACUGGCUUCUCUUCUCCGCCUGAACAUUGCCAACAAUCAACUUACGGCCCUGCCGGACCAUUUCGGGCAGCUGGGCCGACUGAGGUUCUUCAGCGUGGCAGGGAACCAGAUUGAGGUUCUGCCAUUCUCAUUCAUGGACCUGGCCUUGGAGGAAGUCGACUUAACUGGGAACUGCUUCCAGUCUCAGAUGCUGGAGGGCAGUGCCGCUCACUUUGGAAGAACUCAGGAAGGCUUUCCUAGUCUAUUAGAGGUGGCUGCUCGGGCUAUCAAGAAACAAAGAAUUGCUUACACAGAGGAAGACCUACCCCGUCACCUGUAUCAUCACCUAAGCCAAGUCAAGUGGUGCGUCUGUGGUGAGCCUUGCUUCCAGCCCUACGCCAAGCAUCAGUUCACUUUCAGUCUGCAUCGUGUGGCCCACACACUGGUGGGUCCAACAGUGGCCCCCAUCGAGGGUUUCCUCUGUUCUGCCUUCUGUUGGUCCAGUCUUCAGGCCAACCCGAAUGCACCAUGGAAAUGCAGGAGGAAGUGAUCCAAGAAGACAUGUUAGAGACUAAUGAAGAAGCCUAGCUGUUCUUGUAGUCGUUUUGCUUUGGAGUGCUAGAAUGCUACUAUUUCACAUUGGGAGGUUUUGAGACCCUUAGGGGCAGCGGGCAAACCAGUCCUUUUUGCCAGCUCUGAGCACGCAUGCAUAGUUCUAGGCAUGUGAAGUAGUUCUGAGCAUGUGCACAACUGUGAAAAAGGACCCGUUUGUCUGCUGCCACCAAGCAUCUCAAGGUCUCCCAUUGCUCUGCAAUGCUGUUGAUCGUGGAAAGAUUUAAUGCGACCUGUGACUUUAUCCAAAAUAGCAAGAUCAUUCUAAGGUCACAAUACCAAGGAGACAGCUCGUAGUCCUACUUGUUUAGAUCUUAAAGCUAAAAGUAGGACGUAAUUAUUCACUUUUCAAAAUCAAGUAGAUUGUAAAUAAUGUCACUGUCCUAUCAACUGGCUGUUGGAACACUGCUGGUUCUUUCAUUUGUAUCUAUUAGAUAUAUCUAUUCACUUUGUAAGAAUGUGCAUUUGUAUACCGUUGUAAUUAUUUUGAAAUUUUCCAGAUGUUAUAAAAGGCUAGAUUUAAUAAAGUUCCAAGAGUAUUUCAGCAUGUAAUUUACUACUCAUAUUUUCUUUAGACUGUUAUGUUAAAAGACAUUCAUAAGACAGUUUUUUCUGUUCGAACCUUCUUUGCAGAUAUUUGUAGGGAAUGCACUAAUCUCCGGUUCCAUGUUUUGUCAUACAUGCUGGCACUGGGAAAUUGAAAUUCUUCUAACCGAUAUUUUAUUUUUAGUGCUUUAUUUGACUAUUGCUCUUCAGAAACUUCCCUUUUUUUACAGAAAUAUGAACAAGGGCAUUACUUUUCAUUCAAAUGCAUGAAUCCGCAAAAUGCCUUGAAGUGAGAAAAACCACAUGGCCUUCGUGGUGAGAAAGCCAAGCAAAGCAACACCUUACGGGCCAUCAACUAUUCUUGCAUUGUAAUAUUCAUGCAGUCUCCUACCCUCUCGAAAUCACUUCCAUCUUGGCAAAGCUGGAUAGUAGCCAUUUAGUUUGCUCACUGUUCAAUUAUAGUUUAUAAUAAUACAAUUGCUCAAUUUUAAGAGACCACAUUCUAGUUCAAACAACAUGAAAAGCACAAUACAAGGAACAAUUUCUUUAUACAUUUUUUAUUUUUCCGUAACAAAAGCACAAUUAAGCUUUCUGUAUACAAUUUACAGAUUUGAUUAUACUGUAUACACUAACUUCAGCACAUGAAUCCAUCCUAAAGUCAUACAGUGGUCAAUUCUAGUGUAACUGUACCUCCACACUUGUUCACUGUCAAAGAAUUAACUCUAGCUACAAUAAGUAUGGGCUUUUGUAGAAACGUAAUCCACAUCCAAUAAAUUCUUUCCUUAACAAGAAGUUCAUCUUGUGAUAGCUCUGCGUAUAUUUUAUCCUCACAAAUUUGAAAAUGUCUUAAUUCCUAAUGGUUUCUCAUUCCUCCAUCAAAGAGAAAUGACUGCUGAAUUAAAACUUCUGUUAUGAAAUUACAAGAAGGCUUAAAGGGGCUAUUUUAUCCAAAUGUUAACAUAAUAGAAAGCAUCCAUAUUGGUGUUUUUUUUUAUACCAUUGCCCGAUUUGUUCAUUAUACACAAAAUAAGAAAAACAGUUUAAAAUGUUUCAAAUAAAAAGGCACCCAUACCUGGGGAAUAAAGACACCAAAAGAAAAAUAUAAGCAAAUACUACUAUAUGUCACAUUACUGCUUAAUGCAAAAUACUACUAUAUGUCACAUUACUGCUUAAUGCAAAAUAAAAGCUGAUUUUUUUUUAGUACUACGCUACAAUUUCUCCAAAUUCCAAUGGCCAACACACUACGAUUAACAGUAAAUGCACAUUUGCACUGAUUGACAGCACAGAAAGAAUUGCAUUGAAUAGUUUAUUCAACAGAAUAAAUAGUUUCUUAAAUUUUAUCAGUCACCUUUUUGGUACAAUUUUUUACGCGACAAUUCAGUAAACUACAAUUAUAUGCCUAAUUUACAUGUUGAAAUGGGACUUUACAAAUCAGUGAGACUGAACCAAA